GAUUGAUCAACAAGCGCGCACAUUGCUCUUUGCUUGGUUCCGUGGCCGCCUUCGGCCAAUGAUCUCAGUAAUAGAGAAUGUGAUUCAACGCGGCGAAGUAGGGCAUUUGAAAGCGUUAAUCAAAAUACAGAUGAAUGCGCUCACAGAGACAGGUUUAAUGGCCCCUGGAAACUUGUGCUUUGAGCUUCAGCGCAUUCCGGAUCGCACUGGUGCCCACAAAGACGCAGACAUUAAGAGCAAGGCAGACAUCAGAGAAAACCUUCGGACAGCCCUCAAAGAAAGAUUGUUUCAUUCUGAAGACUUUGAGUUGAACUACGCAGAGCCUGUUCUGGUUGAUGCUUCAUUUGCGCGAAUAGUUGCCCGCGCCAAUGGGAAGAUGCUUACAAUUAUUGACGAACCAAUUGCGUUCCAAGCAGCAUUUAAUUUUUUUGAAAAGGACGACGCUGGAUUGCUUCGGUUGCUUGGUCGUGGGUUCUCAGAGAAUAUUGCAGCAGGCUCACGAGGUUCAUAUUUGGAGUACUUUAGCCCUGCUUUACUUAUCCCAAUCUUUCAUGGAGAGAAAAUAAAUCCACUGUUGUUCAAGGAUGGGAUCAAGGACAGUGGGACCCAAAAGAUACUAGACAGGACAUACUCAAUCGUUGGGCAUGACACUGGGCUGCGAGGGACCCAUCAUGAAAAGAUUAGCAUGGGUCAAUUCCUUUAUGCCCACUGUAAGACUGACUCAAUACACAACACCAAGUUGGUUGCGCCAUUUUUUUAUCCACCAGAGACUCCAUCCGGGCCUGAUGUUGUUUUUGUACUAGAGUCAGAGAACCAACACUAUCCAGUUUUCAUACAGUCAAAGAUAUCUGGAUCCCUCUAUCCUAAGGAUAUCAGUGAUGCUCACAGGACGGUCUGUUGUGAAAGCAUCGAAGCACACCUCUCUUUGCCUCCAUUACCAUCCAGCAGUAAUCCUCCUUCUCUGGCUGAUUUUUGUUCAGGAGGCAUAUUCUUUUCGCUGCUGCUUUUGCCCAAUUGUGAGCGGAGUAGCUAUUCAGUGGCCAAGCCCAAGGAAGUCACCGACAGCAGCGGCCGAACACUGACACAGUACACUAUUAUCAUAGACAAAGACAAUAUGGAAACCUUGGCAUCUCCAGAAGUGGUAGACGUUCUGAAGAGUGCGAUAAAUCCUCUGAAGAGAACAGUUGAAGACAUCCAAGUUAUGGAGCACGAAAACGGUGUGAGCAAGCCGAACAGUACAAAGAAAAGGAAGGUGCAAAAGAAGUCAGCGGAUGAGGCUGAGGUUUGGGAGAUGAAAGCGGGACAACAGAUAGUAGAAUAGGUAGGUAUCUAAUAAAAUAAUUUUAUCGAUUUUGUGAACGGAGGAGGAACACCAAUUAACUUAAAGGAAAGUAAGAUGCCAAAGAAGUGAGCCAGGUUAUGGGAGAUGGAGAAACGAAUAUAGCAGGGGUCAAGGAAAAGGAAGG